AUUCGAUUGCUUCAGAAUAUCUGUCAUUGAUAAGGAUAAAAUAAAAAAUAGAUAUGUGAUUUUAUCAUUUUAAAAUUUCACUAUGUGAAAUGAGUAUUUUGUAAACUUAGUUACAUGGUUUAGUAAAAGCUGGAAUUUCAGCUCGAUCUGGAACCGGCGCCUAGUGUUCUUCAGCUUCUUCGACGAGACGAAGAGAAGGUUGUAACGACGGUGCCUUUUGAGGAUUUCCUUCGCCAUCGCUACGGAAGCUGACUGCCCAUCUGCUGGAUGGUGAUUCUCUCGUUCCCUUUUGUUUUUGGUAACCGAUUCCUUCAUUCAUUCAUCGUUCUGGUACAGAUCUGGCUUGAUCUUCGGGAUUUCCCAGGUUUUGAAGCCGUCUUGAAUCUCAAUGAGAGAGCGAGAAGGCGCGUUGUGCAGAUUUCCCUCCAUCUGCAGAACUGGAAGUUGCUCGUGUUGAAGGCGUUAAUUCAUCGAGGAAGAAGAGGAGCAAGUGACAUUUUGGGCAUUGGCUAUGCCAACUGUGGUAAUCACAAGGACAAUAACGAUGUCGGUUGCUUUUCCUCUUCCAUCAUUUCUUUGAGGUGAUCGAAAGGAUCAUGCGUCCAAGUCAGAUCGGACCAAAUCGAGCUCAAAUCUAUGUUUAAAUGAAAAGAUUAAGCUCUGGAGUAAUUCAGACCGUCCAUACAAGAUUUGAGAAGAUAUGAGUUAUUCAUCAUGAUUCGGUCUAUCCAACUUAAGAGACAGUAGAUGAGGACUCAUGUUGAAGAUCAGUACAUUUGGAUCAGAUUUAAAGGGAUAUCCAUUGUUGGAUCAGAUAUGAAGAAUUGUUAGUCGUCUGUUCAGAUCUGGGAUUGAUUCAAAAGCCGAAGAGAAGCAAUAGCAAUGGGAUCGAGAGUUUGGAGAGUAGAGGCGCGUGAGAGAGAAGGAGAUCUCCGAUCCUCUUCGGAGUCGGCCACCAGAUCUCAUCCACCUUCAUCCAUCAAUGCUCAGAGAAGCAAGGUGAUUCCCUACUUCCUCUGAGCACCGUCAUUGAGCUCUGCCCAUCUUCUUCAUCCGUUUUUGGCGUUUGUCAUUACCUAGGUUUGAGCUGGAGCCAUCGUCAAAACUACAAGGGAGAUAAAGAUUUUCCAUCACUUUUUAGUUUUGCAUCCACCGUUCAGAUCAACACUUCAUCUCCAUCUCAGUUCCAACGAUGCCACUCCUGAUUUCAUUGCCACUUGGUUAUCCUCUCUGAGUUAGAUUUGGCAAAAGCUUGGGAUGCCUUAUCUUGGUUGUAAGUGUAGGAUCGUAGUACGUUGGGGGAGGGUGGUGAAUUUUAAAACUAGUUCUUUUUUCAGCUUUUUAAAACUGAGUGCAGAGCAGAAUACAAUUAUAUAAGAAAGAAUAAAAAUAAAAUACAAGCGAUUUUAUUUAGUUCGGAGCCUUCGACGACUCCUACUUUAAGACUCAAGUCCUUUGGACAUUUUCGAUACGUAAUCCACUAAUCAAUCAUAAUCAAUACAUGAAUGAACAAGUAGGAAGUAUAAUAACCUAUACUUCCUUUAUAUAGUAAUUUAAAUGACUUAAGAAAAUAUUACCAACACGAAUACGGAGAAUUGAUUAGCUCGGCUCGAGAGGCAGUCAGUUCGGAUGUGGUCUUCGCUAGCUCAACUUGAGAGGUCAUCAGUUCGGAUCUCACAACCUCCAACUUGGCUCACAAGGACCCUAGUUCUACUUCCUGGGUGUCCAUGUUCCUCUAUUGAUCAGACACCCGUAGAGACCUGGCCUCCAACUCAACAUCUUUUGCUGCUAGCUCCGAGGCAUAGGCAAUUUCCAGUUCCUCUAAUUUAUUGGAGAGACCUUGAACUUCAGCGAUUUUUCAUCUAAGUUAGCCAUCAUUCAGGUCCUCCUCGUCUUUUCCAACCGGAGCUUAUCUUCAUUGGUCCUCAAGGCGCCCUCUAGUUUCUAUGCUUUUAUUACCUCGUCGCUGGCCAGCUCCUGAGCUUCUUGCGCUUUCCUUUCUAGUUUGCUUAAUAUAUCAGCUUGUGUUAGAGCUCCCUGGUGUGUAUCCUCAUUUGGGACCGGACGAGAGCCGUAGAAGAUCCCAAUUGUGCUAUCUGCUCCCUCAAUGCCUCGUUCUUACAUGCCAAAUCCACCAAGGUUUGGGAUACUUUCAUCUCAAUCCCUCAAAACUAAAGCAAAGCAGUAUUAGCGAUAUUCCAAUUAAAAGGAUAAGCUAGCUGAAACAUACCACGAUUAAGUCCUAAGCAAACCCAUCUGUUAGCCUUAUUGUAGUGUGGUCGUCUGUCCGAGUCAUUGAGUUCACCCAAGCCUAUUCGAGUAAGUCCUUCAGUUGUACCUGCCUACGGGCAGGAGAGAGAUCCGAAGACAAGGCUACUCCCUGAACGAAUGACACAUUGAAGGCAGCAGAAAAUUUGAAGUGGCUCUCCGUCUAGCUGAUGUGCGUAAAUAUUAUGAUCGUUUAUGCAUAUUUUAAUGCACAUUCACUUGCUUUACGCGUAUAUAUUAUUUGCGUGAUCGUCUCUUUUAUCAUAUACUCAUCAUAAAUAAACUUUUGUUCGGAGAUCUGCUCUUUGUUUGGUCUUGUGUUGACAGGGACAACUUUUGGAGCAAAAACAGCGAUUGUCGACGCACCAGAAUGAGGUAAAGAACACGACCGUGCAACCUCUCACGGUCGUGUGGCCAAACAGAGGAAGAACAGUGCACGACCGUGCAACUCUUGCUUGACCAUGCGACCAAAUAGAGAUGGAUCCGUGCAUGGCCGUGCAAACCUGCACGGUCGUGCCCCCCACGACAGAAGCCAAGCCAUACACGGUCGUGCGAUCCUGCACGGCCGUGUCCCAGGAGCAGUGCCCCAGAUCCACACGGGCGGCCGUGCAGCACGACCAGAGACAAAA